ACAGCAGUCUGUAGAGUGGAGAGUCGCUUCAGUGGCGUGCCGGAGAAAAGCGGCGCUAAGUAGAAUAACGGGAAAGGUGACAAUUACUCCAGCCGCGUGUAACGCGCUUAUCCCUGUGGAUGUAAGAUGAAUAUUCAACACAAUCCAGGGCUUUACAGCAGAAAACAACCCUUCCAUCCUGGACACGUUUUAGGAGCCGGACUCUGAAAAAAAAAAAAAAUUUUGGGGGUGGGGGGGUGUGUUGGGCAAACUUUUGGAGCUAUUAGCUUAUUUUUCCAGCCCUCCUGCACCAACACUGUACUCUGUUAAACACUGGAAUAUGCUGGGAAACAGCAUGCCAUCUGCAAGGUUUCUCCCUAAAGGAAAGUAAAUGUUUGGAAAUCAGAAGUACAGCCUUCAAGAUGGAAGAACAGUGCUACUACAAUGAAACCAUUGCCUUCUUUUACAAUCAAAGUGGGAAGUAUCUGGCUACUGAGUGGAAUACAGUCAGCAAGCUUGUGAUGGGCCUUGGGAUUACAGUAUGUAUCUUUAUCAUGCUGGCCAACCUGUUGGUGAUGGUAGCCAUCUACAUCAACCGCCGCUUCCACUUCCCCAUCUACUACCUGAUGGCUAACCUAGCUGCUGCAGACUUCUUUGCAGGGCUGGCAUAUUUUUACUUGAUGUUCAACACUGGGCCCAACACGCGGCGUCUGACAGUAAGCACGUGGCUCCUGCGGCAGGGCCUCAUCGACACAAGCCUGACGGCCUCUGUUGCCAACUUGCUGGCUAUCGCCAUUGAGCGCCACAUUACAGUGUUCCGCAUGCAGCUGCACACGCGCAUGAGCAACCGACGCGUGGUGGUAGUGAUCGUGAUCAUCUGGACCAUGUCCAUUGUCAUGGGUGCCAUCCCCAGCGUGGGCUGGAACUGCAUCUGUGCCAUCAGGAGCUGCUCCAGCAUGGCGCCUCUAUAUAGCAACUCGUACCUCGUCUUCUGGGCUGUCUUCAACCUGGUGACCUUUGUGGUUAUGGUGGUUCUCUAUGCCCACAUAUUCAUGUAUGUGCGCCAGCGUACCAUGAGAAUGUCACGGCACAGCUCAGGCCAGCGGCGGAACAGGGAUACUAUGAUGAGCUUGCUGAAGACGGUGGUGAUCGUCCUGGGUGCGUUCAUUGUAUGCUGGACCCCUGGAUUAGUUCUCCUGUUGUUGGACGUCUUCUGCCCCAAAUGUGAUGUGCUGGCCUACGAGAAGUUCUUCCUCCUCUUGGCAGAGUUCAACUCAGCCAUGAACCCCAUCAUAUACUCCUACCGGGACAAGGAGAUGAGCGUGACCUUCCGGCGGAUCCUGUGCUGCCAGCGGCAGGAGAACGCCAAUGGCACAGCGGAGGGCUCUGACCGCUCCGCUUCCUCCUUCAACCACACAGUUCUGAGCUCGCCGCACAAUAAUGACCACUCAGUGGUCUGACGGUGGCGUGCCAGCGCAGCUGGGACUGUCAGGAUUGAACCCAGGCUGGGAGAGGAGCACCUUGCCCAGUAGCAGAGCUGCACAGGAGACGUUUGUAUCAGUGGUGACGUCAUUUUGGAGGGAUUAGGGAUUUAAAUCGAACAAUAUGAGUUUUUAAGGUUCAGCAAGUAUGAUCACUGCUUUGGCAAUGCCAGGAGAAAGCCUAAUUAAAGAGCCUAAUUAGUAAUUUCAAGUCAUUUCAUUAAUCUAUUCCAAGUCAUGUCAGUUAUAAAUUUUGGCAGUAUCUGGAUUAAUUCAUAGUAGGACUCAGAAGUAAUUAUAUUCACAUUUUAUGCUUAGGCCUUUGUAUUACAGAGAUAAGGAGUGCACUUUUGGGAGCACUGAGGAAUGGUAUCAGUUUGCCAUCUGGUAUUGUAUGAAGAACAUGUGGUUUGUACCUUAUUGGCUUUGUGACAUUCCCAACUUUGCACUGCGGUUUCUUCCUGUGCUAUUAAACAUAGAGUAGAGACAUGUGCUACGCACAUCCAGGGUGAAAAGAAACCAUUGGUGUAUCAAAUAUUUUAACUUUGUGCCAAGAAGAAUUCCAGGUAGUCCAUGAUUCAGUAACAUGAUUCACUUAGAGAUUAUGCAGCUUCAUGGGUUGUUCUUGGGCAUUUUUGUCCCAGCAUACCAAAAUAGCAUCAAUAAGUCACCUUCUGGUCUUUGCUGUGACACUGGUAAUGAAGUAAGUAAAAAGCAAUGUGUAAGUAAAAAGUAGUGUUUUUUAGGUGGAAUCUUUGUCAGUAUCUGCCAGCUCUAAUACAAGUAGCUUCAUAUCUCUCUCUCUCUCUCUCUCUCUCUCUCUCUCUCUCUCUCUCUCUCUCUCUCUCUCUCUCUCUCUCUCUCUCUCUCUCUCUCUCUCUCUCUCUCUCAGUGGGGUCCAGCAUAAACAAGGACCACUUGCACAUGAGCCAUUUUAUUUUUUCAGGGAGUCCAGACUGUGGACUAUCAGGAUAUGGAAGCCACAAAUGCCCUGUAUAAGACCCUUUUAUAUGUUUUGUGGAGAAUAUUUUUCUUUUACAUUUUUUGGUAAUUUUCAGGUUUCACUGGUGAAUGGAUGAUGCUUCACUAACAGACAUAAAACAGAACCAAUAUAUUCAGAAAGCUUGUAAUAACAGUAUGACUAGUUGCUAAGAAACAGAGUAGGCUACAGAUCAUAUGCAAGCCCUGGCUAAGGUUAUCAGUUUGACAUUGUAUAUGUUCAGUAUUAAUGGCUGACAUAUACAAUGACAUAUACAGUAUUAAUGGCUGACAUAUUCAAUACAAAUUAUCUUUGUGUCAUGGCCUUUAGCACCAUAAAAUGUAAUUAUGUUGGAAAACAACAUAAAUACAUGUUGUGAGUAAGACAUAAGAGAAACUAAAUUAUCAUUGAAGGUUGGUCUGUUCUUCCUUUGUGAGUUUAUGUAUGUAUGUAUAUAAUAUAUGUAUAUAUUCAAUGUUAGUCAAAAGGGGAAUGUUUAUUUUUAAUGAUUA